GAAGAUGUGCGAUCCAGAUCAAGAGAGAGAAGGCGUGUGUGGGACGCUGAUCAAGAACAGUGGCGGACCCCCGCGCUGGAAGAGGAUGAGUGGCUGUGCCUUGAUGAACGUCGCAGAUAAGCAGGAAGCAGCAGAAAUUGAGGAGGCCUGGCAAACGCACCUGCGUGAUGUCAUGGGCCACCUGGAUGGGGAGACGGACAGGGAGGCCGCGCAGGACACGCAGCAGGACGAUGACGACUUCGGCAGUGACGACUCUUAA